AAACUCACCUCCAUCUCGCACCCCACAGCGGCUCUUUGCCUACUCCCUUUACCUUACCACUCCGCCAACUGCUUCAGUGCUGUAUUAGACAUCGCCAUGGCUGACAGAUAUUCCUUCUCGCUCACCACCUUCUCGCCCAGUGGAAAGCUGGUGCAGAUUGAGUAUGCUCUCAAUGCCGUCAACCAAGGUGUCACUUCGCUAGGAAUCAAAGCUACAAACGGCAUUGUUCUUGCGACCGAGAAGAAGUCGUCGUCACCGCUCAUCGACUCCGCAUCGUCAUCGAAAGUCAGCCUGAUAACACCAAACAUUGGUAUGGUCUAUUCAGGCAUGGGCCCUGACUACCGCGUUCUCGUCGACAAGGCUCGCAAAGUCUCACACACCGAAUACAAGCGCAUCUACAACGAGUACCCACCCACAAGGAUAUUGGUUCAGGACGUAGCGCGUGUGAUGCAGGAGGCGACACAGUCGGGUGGUGUGAGGCCGUACGGUGUCAGCUUGCUGAUCGCUGGGUGGGACGAUGGUAUCGAGCCGGAGGCUGAGGGCAAGAGCGAGGAGCAGACAAGUGAGGAGAAGAAGAAAGUGAGCGGCAAGACAGGUGGCAUCCUGAAGGGUGGUCCAAGUCUGUACCAGGUCGACCCCAGCGGCAGCUACUUCCCUUGGAAAGCGACGGCAAUUGGCAAGAGCGCAACGAGCGCGAAGACGUUCCUCGAGAAGCGCUACACGGAUGGCCUGGAGUUGGAGGAUGCCAUUCAUAUUGCCCUUCUUACGCUGAAGGAGACGAUAGAAGGAGAGAUGAACGGCGACACUGUUGAGAUCGGCAUCGUUGGUCCACCUGAGGAGAGGCUGCUCGGUGUAGAGGGUGUUGAAGGGGCAGUGGGCCCCCGCUUCAGGAAACUGAGCCCUUCUGAAGUCGAGGACUACUUGACGAACCUGUAGAGAGCCUCGGUUUUCAAGGCCCGACUUACGAACUUCUCCAGCUCGUGGAAUACUGUUACAUCGUGAUCUGGGCCGGCGCAGAUGCUGAUACACAGUGAUCAUAGACACGAUCGGAUUUGGUGUAACAUUUACGAAAACGAUGACUCAUUG